AUGGUGGAAGGCAAGGGCACUCCCCGCCGCAAGGUCAAGAAGGUCCACAAGUCGUCCGGCGCCGACGACAAGAAGCUCCAGGCCACCCUCAAGAAGAUGAACGUCCAGCCCAUCCAGGCCAUCGAGGAGGUCAACAUGUUCAAGGAGGACGGAAACGUCAUCCACUUCGGUGCUCCUAAGGUCCACGCCUCCGUCCCCUCCAACACCUUCGCCCUCUACGGCAACGGCGAGGAGAAGGAACUCACCGAGCUGGUCCCCGGCAUCCUGAACCAGCUGGGCCCCGACAGCCUGGCCUCCCUGCGCAAGCUGGCCGAGAGCUACCAGAACAUGCAGAAGAACCAGGCCGGCGCCGAGGGCAAGAAGGACGACGAGGAGGAUGAUAUCCCCGAUCUGGUUGAGGGCGAGAACUUCGAGAGCAAUGUCGAGUAA